UGGCGGCAGGCUUUUUGAAUACGUCUGAAAUUGUCCCUCGUUAGAUCCAUAUUUUAUUUACUGUGGUGAGUCGCUCAGGUGAAACGACGUCGGUUUCACUGCUAGUAUCAAUACGCGCAUUGAGUUUUUGGAGGCGGAAGUUUACAGGCUUUUAACGCAAUUUCUGGUUCUCAUCAGUGUUCAACAGGUGCCCUGAGGAAGUUACUAAAAUCUUCACCUAAUUCAAGGAUUAAAGAAUGCAGAAAUAUAACGGACGACGGAUGUUUACGCUGUGUGGAUAUUUGUUGGGGUGUUUCGCGCUAACUUUCGGUCAGAAUCCGUGGCCAAACUGUUCUGUGCCAGAAAGGAGCUUAGUAUGGGACGAUUCUUUAACAGGAAGUACCGUCACAGUAGAAUGGGCCUAUGGAAAGGCGACCUGUGCCACCAUCCGGCAGUGUUACGGCGAGUCCUGGCUUCCUGACGAUAGAGUCGAACCACAACUCCGACCAGUUGAGAUACAACAGGGGAUGCACAUCAGAUUUCAUCCUAUUAAAGACAGUGGAAUUCGAUUUCCUAUACAACCCUUCAAAGUGAAUGAAGACAACUACCGGAAUUGCUCAACCAAUGACAGUAUUCCAGUCAUCAGCAAGGAAAGCGAGGAGGAUUUCUUACUGGAUGAUUCCUUUUUACAAAACGGAGCCAACUAUUUCAUAGUUGACAUGAACGAUGAGCGACUCAUACGCUGUAUUUUUGGGUUGAGGUUAAAAGUCGUUGUCAAAGAGAAUGACUGUUCAUUGCACGAGGGGCCACUAACAUGCAGUGGAAACGGCCAUUGUGUUACCCAAAAACUUGCGGGCGAUUACCACUGCUCUUGUUGCCAUGGUUACACAGGAGACUACUGCGAACUGGUAGAUCAUUGUGCUGACGAACCGUGCCAAAAUGGUGGCAAAUGUUCUCUGUACUUCGGACAGAAUCCGGAAAAGAAUUACUCAUGCGAAUGCAAGGAAGAGCCUGGAUACAAAUUUGUUGGUGACAGUUGUGAGACGAACAUCACGUCUCUGUGUGACUUGAACCCGUGUGAGAACGGCGCCAUCUGCCGGGGGAAUCUGCAGCGGUACUCUUGCUUCUGCCAACCCGGUUUCUCUGGCCACCACUGUGAGGUGAACAUUAACGAGUGUGAGUCCUCACCCUGUGGCAGUGGAAUGUGCGUGGAUCAUGAUAACGGCUUCCAGUGCUUCUGUCUCCCAGGUUUUGGCGGAGAACAGUGUCAGAUACAGUAUAACGAGUGUGUGUCUAAUCCUUGUCUGAACGGCGGAUUCUGUGUGGACGAGCUGGACAGCUUCCGGUGUGACUGCGGAAUGGGUUAUAAUGGCUCCUUAUGUGAACAGAAGGUAAGCCCGUGUGCGGAUAACCCAUGUCGGAACGGUUCUCACGCGGAGUGUGAGGAUCACGUGGACAGCUUCACGUGUGUCUGCAAGCCCGGUUAUACAGGUUCUCACUGCGAAGUGAACAUCAACGAGUGUGAAGAGAACCCGUGUGAAAAUGGCGGGACGUGUAAAGACGAGGUCAACGGCUACUCUUGUCUCUGUAGCGAUUUCUACUUCGGGGACAGAUGUGAAAAACUUGACGAGAUCAUUCGGCCUAGUCGCCACGGUGGGGCUGGCUUUGAACAGGAGACCUUUGGCAUGCACAUACACAACCUCUACAUCGUGGGCGGAACACUAGGUGGCGCUCUGGUCAUCGCGCUCGUUGUGUUGAUCACGUGUUACUGCCGUACUCACCGGACGUACGAGACGUUGUCCAGGAGGGCAGGCUAUGAGAGACAGACGGAUGACUUCCGGUUUGCCUCUCAUGACGUCAGUUCCGUUUGCAGGCCGCGACCCUCCAUUGACUCGAUCUGGGAAGCCACCACUUUGAAUUACCACUCAAACCAACUCAACACUCCCGUUGCCAAAUCGUUAAAACCGAAGAAAGUUUAAAUGUGA